AUAACCUAACUUUCUCUGACACAAUCAGGUGAAAAAAUGCUUCGUAGUCCAGGCAGUUUUUCAAAGAUUUGGACAAUUGUCAGGAGAUGUUCAGCACAGGCUAGUGGUAAGAAGAUCCCUGAAUACCCAAUUAAAGUGUCUGCUGUGAAAUCCGUACAAGAAAAAAGACUAAAACCAAAGAUUUCCAUUGACGAGGAUACCAUUCAUCUCCUCGAGAGAUUAUCCCUUGUCAACAUCGAGAGCAAAGAAGCUUUGAAGAUUGUUGAGGACUCAAUUGCAUUUGCUGAUCAAAUCCUUGACAUUGACACUGAAGGAGUUGAACCACUUUACACCGUCCUGGAAGAUUGUGAUCUUUCGUUGAGAGAGGAUAAAGUCACAGAUGGAAAUAUUCGUGAGGAUGUGCUGAAAAACGCCUUUGUGACUGAAGAAGAAUACUUUGUGGCUCCUCCCGGAAAUAUCCCGCUCGAGAAGGAUAAGAAAAGCUUCACGUAGUAGUUCCCUAAGGAUGUCACGGGUGAGUGGGGUUGUUCGAAAUUUAAGGGAAAUAGUAGAAAUCCUCAGCAAGACUCAAUAUGCAAAACUCACGUUAAAAUCUGAGAAAAAUAUCAAUGAUCUCACCCUCCUCCCUCUGGGACAAAAAUUGCUGGACAAUCUGAAGAGGGAAUGGAUAAAUUCUGAUCCUGUAAUCAAUAUCUAUCAUAGAAGUGAGGAAAAUGCUAGAGAAACUCAGAAAGUUAGGAAGAUUUGUGAGGAAAAUCCUCUUUCCUUGUACACCUCAAAGGAUUUUGAGGAGAAAUUUCGGAAUUUGAAGGAAAACUAUCAAGCCGAAAUUCCUCUGGGUGUUUCAGAAUGCCUUUCAUGCCCAUCUUUUGAGAGAAAAGCAGAAAAUCCUGGAGAAAGUUUGAAUUUUUCCCUGAAGAACAUUCAAUACCUCACUUGCUCGUACUUUAUCUCACCAGUCAGUGCUAUAGAACAAUUCUACAGAAUUCAGAGGCAGAGGAAAAUAUGGUGGAUGAAGUAUUCAUCCAAUCCCGGUAGAUUUAAGGUGUCAGAGUCUAAAACUAUUGAGCAGUCUGAAGGGAAAAUUCAGAGAAUUUCCAUUAGAUCAAAUAUCAAUGAAUCCUCAUUGGAUUUGGAGACAAUUGAGUUGAUUUCGUUGAAUUCUGGAGGGAAUCUCAAGCUCAGGGAUCAGCGUAGUGGCCAAGAGAUUACUCCUGCUAUCGUUAAGACCGGGAUUUGUCUAGAGAUUGCCACCCUGGGCGUUUUGGUUGAUGCAAUUGACUCCUCGGAUGAAACAGAAAGCCUCAUGCUUCAUCGCAAAAUUGCUCCUCAUCAAUUAGCCGUUCUCUGCUACUCCCAGCAGCCAGAUAACUUAUCAGAUCUCCAAGAUCUUGCACAAUUGGUUACAAUAAACACCAGAAAGGUGGGAAUUUCCACACUAAACCUCCCAAAAGGAGCCACAGAUGAGGAGAAACAUCUCUCUCAAGAAUUAAGCGUCAUGGAUCGUCUGGGAGUGCCUUACUGCAUCAUCCUCAACGAUGAGAGCCUCCGGAAUGGAAUUCUCCAGCUCCGUAGUCGUGAUACAUCACUCUCAGAGGCAGUUCAUCUCACGGACAUCCCCAAGUACCUCAUCAAAAUCUACUCCUCCUUCUGAUUUUCUCCACGACGAGAAUUUAUUGUCCAGACUACAAAGAUCAUGUCACAUUUAAGUUAGAAGAUUUUUUAAAAUUAGUUAAUUUUCAGUUUACGAUUAUACGGCAUUUUAGUCACUUAAAUAAUUAAUGCACGAAAAAUUGUGCAAUUACAGUUUUCUUCAUUA